CGUAGCCACGAGACGUCGUGAUCUGUGGUUAUUUUAAUAUCGUAUUAAUUCGAGUGUCAAUUCACUAGUUAAAAACAUGAUUUCAAAAAUGUCAGUGAAACUUUUUCUUCUUUGUGUAACAAUAAGUGUAAAUUAUGUAACAUCUGCAGGAUUGGUAUGUGAUCGGGAAAAUGAACACUAUGAGUGUGGCAGUGCGUGUCAAACAACUUGUGCCACGCUGGGCACUGUGUGCCCUAUUGUCAACAUUAGGUGUAAUGAUGCAUGUUACUGUGAUGAAGGAUUCGCUAGAGAUGAUAAUGGGAUCUGCAUACCUGAAGGAGAAUGUCCACGACGCUCUCGAGAACGUCGUGCACACAAGAAACCAGCAUCCAUCUGUCCCGGAGAGUUCGAAGUCUACACAGAUUGUUACAAGGACUGUCCUCCAAACACCUGCUUGUCUCUCGUGGCGAAGUUCAAAUGUGAUGGCUCCGAGCCCUGCAAGAAGGGAUGUGUCUGCCAAUCAGGGUACCUUCGACAGAAAGCUGACACACCCUGUAUACCGAUACGAGAGUGCAUGGAGAUGAAGAAUGCUCCACAAUCAUAGUUUAGCGUUUAUACUAAAGAUAUGGGCCUCACGACACAGGGAGUCCUAAUGUGAGGUCCAGGAUCGUACCAAAAUAUAAUAUAAAGUUCUAUAAAUGUAUUUAUUAUUUAUUUAUUCACGUCUUUCAUAGUCAGUCGAGCUAUUUAAGUAAAAAAAUAUGUAAGAUUAAUUCAGUACAGCUGGGGUAUUCUGUAACUUGAAAAGAUAGACCGCAGUGAACUCGAUCACGGUCCGUCAUGUUAUUGGUGGUGAGAAAUCUCGACCAAUGACGGACGAGAACGCGAUCGAGCGCACUUUGAAGGUUCGAAUUGACAGUUACCGCGAAUAGGCUAGCAGGAACAGCAACCUUCGAUUGGCUAUUGACAGCCAAAAUUAAUAGCUGAUAUUGAUUUAAAAUUUCAUCUUGUUUGCUAAAAAUUCAAUGAACUAAUACCGACUUGACUUCAGUAAAAAGCCUACAAUUUAUUAUUACAACAGAACUACUAUCUCUGUACUGAAUCAAUCUUUAUUUUCUUAUUUACAUAAUAAAUUAUCUGGCUCAGUUUAAGAAACAAGUUCAGCCUGUUAUAUUUCGUUAAUUUUAAAACAUUAUUGUUUUGUAAAUUAUUAUGUUUUCGGCUUACUCACGUAAUUAUUUGACGAAGAAUUCGACUAGUUUCAAGUCAUGCUAGAAGCAGCAGAAACAGAAGCAGCGCGACUGUCGCUGCGUCGUGGGUCGCGAAAUGCUGCUCAUUAAUAUGAACCUCUAGCAUGGCUUGAAACUAGUCGAGUUUCUCGUCAAAUUAUUA